UUAGUCGAACUGGAUAGCUGUUGCUUACAGCUCCAGUUAACUUCCGAUCACUUCCACGAGUGGAUCGUGGUAUUUCGGCUUCGCACCUCAGAGCUUUCAGGAGGUGUCUUUCGCGAUGACCUCUCGCAAUGUCUCUUGCUUUCCCGAAGCCAGAAAAGUCGCUAUUUUUGGGGGCACGCACGGAAAUGAGAUGUCAGGCGUUAUGUUGGUUAAUAUGUGGAAAAAGAACGGAGCAGAGAUUCAAAGGAAUGGAAUGGUGACGAAACCCUUUAUCACUAACCCCAGAGCAGUGGAGAAAUGCACUAGAUACAUCGAUACCGAUUUAAACCGAGCCUUCACACCAGAAAACCUCAGCGGCCCAUGGGAUGAGGGGCUUCCUUAUGAGGUGCAGAGAGCCAAGGAGAUUAAUCAGAUGUUUGGACCCAAGGGAAGUCCAGACGCUUAUGAUGUUAUCUUUGACCUGCACAACACGACCUCCAACAUGGGCUCCACUCUCAUUCUGGAAAGUUCUACUGACCACUUCAACCUUCAGAUGGUCCACUACAUCAAGAAAUCCAUCGCUCCAGCUAGUUGUGCGGUUCUUUUGAAUGAGCACCCACACCUGAAGUACUCGACCUCGCGCUCUGUGGCUAAACACCCUAUUGGUCUUGAGGUUGGUCCGCAGCCUCAAGGAGUUUUAAGAAGCAACAUCUUUGAGUCCAUGCGAGACAUACUAAAACAUGCCCUUGAUUUCAUUGAGCUGUUUAACACAGGUGUCGAGUUUCCUCCAUGUGCUGUAGAUGUGUUCAAAGUCAUUGAGAGAGUGGAUUAUCCCAGAGAUGCAAAUGGGAACAUUACAGCUAUGGUCCAUCCCCAUCUGCAGGACUGCGACUGGGAACCGCUGAACCCGGGUGACCCCAUGUUCCAAACGUUUGACGGAAGAGCCGUCCCGUACCAAGGUUCCAGCCCCGUGUAUCCAACCUUCAUUAACGAAGCGGCUUAUUACGAGAAACAACAGGCGUUUGUGAUCACUCGGCGAGAGAUGUUAGCCGCUACCGCUAUCAGAAAGUCCAUCUGAUGGACCUUGUUCUCCAGCGGAUUUAUGAAAUUCAUAGAUUCAUUAAAUAUA